GUGCGUGUGCAACAUUGACUGUUCUCAAACCAACUUCAAUCCUCUUUGUGCUUCCGAUGGGAAAUCUUAUGAUAAUGCAUGUCAAAUCAAAGAGGCAUCAUGCCAGAAACAGGAGAAAAUUGAAGUCAUGUCUUUGGGUCGAUGUCAAGAUAAUACUACAACAACUACAAAAUCAGAAGAUGGGCAUUACGCAAGAACAGAUUAUGCAGAGAAUGCAAAUAAACUGGAAGAAAGUGCAAGAGGCAUCUACAUCCCUUGUCCAGAGCAUUACAAUGGCUUCUGCAUGCAUGGCAAGUGUGAGCACUCCACUAACAUGCUGGAACCGUCUUGCAGAUGUGAUGCCGGCUAUACUGGACAACACUGUGAAAAAAAGGACUACAGCGUUUUAUAUGUGGUUCCAGGUCCAGUACGAUUUCAGUAUGUCUUAAUAGCAGCUGUGAUUGGAACCAUCCAGAUUGCUAUCAUCUGUGUUGUAGUCCUCUGUAUUACAAGGAAAUGUCCCAGGAGCAACAGAAUCCACAGACAGAAGCAAAACACAGGGCACUACAGUUCAGACAACACAACAAGAGCAUCGACAAGUUCUAGUGGCAAUUUUGAGUCUACUGAACUCAGUAGUAGGGUUUUGAGUUGGUCCAAGAUCAGCGACAAUUAUGGAUGUGGGAAAGGUGAAGAAUAAUUUAACCUACAUUGAGGAGGGAUAAAAUAUUUCAGAUCCGGAGUCAACUACAUUUCAUCAGCCUUCUUCUCCCAUACCAUCUAUCUUUACUCUCCCAUAGCUUAGGAAGUCUUUGCCUUCUAAAUUAAAUCCUAACCAAAGGGGAAAUGGAAAUUGUCAGUAACCGUGAUGAGAGUGUCGGGGGUAAUGUUUCGAUUUGGGAGGGAAUUAGGUGUCUGUCAAGGUGAACCCUACAAGAACGCCUUGCAGAAUCUCAAACUCUGGUCACUGGAGUGAGUGAAAAUUGCUUCUUACUGUUGAUUGAAAAUUAUUAGGUUAAAAAAAGUUAAUAACAUAAUAACAGCUGAAAUGCCAGCACCGUUUGUACCUCGUGAACAUGCUGAUACAAUUUAUUUUUUUUCAAAGAGAAGGUGAAAACCACCUUAUGAAUAACUUUACGGGUGACCCUACUCCAUUAAAUGUAAUGAAGUGAAAUGUUGGCUAUAUCUCAGGAAAAUAAGGGCAUGUGUUUUGUCACAUGCACAUGAUGGACA